AUGACGAGCAACUGGGGGCUGAUCUCCUUUCUGGUGAAUGAAAAUGGAUUCAAUAGUGACAGAGUGACUAAGGAUAUAGAAAAGAAUAAAGCAGCCAAGAACAAGUCAUCACAUGGAAGGUGUGUGAAUCUAGCACAAUUAAAUUUGAAUAUCUCAAGGGUGUGGGUCAUAAAUGAGACUGGAAAAAAAUAUACUAAAAAACAACUGAAAAACAAAUGGGAUUCUCUUAAAACUGACUGGAAGUUAUGGAGAGAUUUGCUCAAUAAUUAUACCGGUCUUGGUUGGGAUAACCGGUUAGGAACCAUUAUUGCAGAAGACGAUUGGUGGGCAAAAAUAAUUGAGGAUAAGAAUGAUUGUGCAAAGUUUAGGAAAAAGGGAGUUUCACCUGAAUUCGAAGCUAAGUUGGAUAAGAUGUACUUGGAUAUUUCAGCAACUGGACAACAUGUAUAUGUACCAUCUUCUGGACUACCUCUACCUAGAAGUCCAAAACAAGGAAUCAAUGAAGAUUUCCUUGAGUCAAGUGGUGAUUCUGAUGAGGUUCAGCCGAAAGCUGAUGGUCCUUCUAAUAGAAAAGGAAAAAGGAAAUCAAAAACUGUUGAGAAAGGUAAAGGAUCGGCCCAAAAAACUGGUAGGGUCGGAGGUGCUGCUCUUUUAGCAAAGAAGAUUGAUCGAAUGUGUGAGGCCAUUGAGAGUAGGAGUACAGCAUCUUCUAUGAUCAGUAAGAGUACAGAAUGUCCGAACAGUAGCAUUAAAGAAGUGAUGAAGGUAGUCACUUCUUUGCCCGGAGCUGAGCCAGGAUCUAAGUUGUGGUUCUUUGCCACUCGGUUAUUUCUUAAUCAAGAGAAGAGAGAGAUGUUUUGCACUAUGGAAGAUCCUACGAUUAAGUUGGAGUGGUUAAAGUUUGAGAUGAGUGAAACAUAAGACAUAGGCUCAGAUUGAGAUUUUAUUCAUG